CCGUGGUCUGGGCGGUGACACUGAACGCCGGGAGCCGCGCGCCCGCCGCUGUGUGGCCGCGGUGGCCGGGGGCAGCCGGGACCCCCCACCCCAGCGAUGCUGUAGGCAGCGCAGAGCCCGCCGCCCGAGAAAACACCCGGCCGGACGCCUGUAGAUGCGCCUGAGCUCCCACCAGGCCUGCCCACUUUGGAAAGCCCGGAAGGAGGCCCCCUCGGGAGCGGUGGAGCCCGAGCCCCCGCGCCUUGCCCUGGGCCCUGCAGGAUGGAGACGGUGUCGCAGGAUUCCCUGCUGGAAUGCCAGAUCUGCUUCAACUACUACAGCCCGCGGCGGCGGCCCAAGCUGCUGGACUGCCGGCACACGUGCUGCUCGGUGUGCCUGCAGCAGAUGAGGACCAGCCAGAAGGACGUGCGCUGCCCCUGGUGUCGGGGCAUCACCAAGCUGCCCCCCGGCUUCUCCGUGUCGCAGCUCCCCGACGACCCCGAGGUCCUGGCCGUCAUCGCCAUCCCGCACGCGUCCGAGCACACGCCCGUCUUCAUCAAACUGCCCAGCAACGGGUGCUACAUGCUGCCCCUGCCCGUCUCCAAGGAGCGCGCGCUGCUGCCCGGGGACCUGGGCUGCCGCCUGCUGCCCGGGGGCCAGCAGAAGUCGGUGACCGUGGUGACCAUCCCCGCCGAGCAGCAGCCCCUGCAGGGCGGGGCGCCCGCCGAGGCCGCCGAGGAGGAGCCCGAGCGCCGGGCGGGGGUGGUGAAGAGCUCCACGUGGUCGGGCGUGUGCACGGUCAUCCUGGUGGCCUGCGUGCUGGUCUUCCUGCUGGGCAUCGUGCUCCACAACAUGUCCUGCAUCUCCAAGCGCUUCACGGUGAUAUCCUGUGGCUGAGGGCGGCCGCGGGGACGUCUCCUGUGGGUGCCAACUAGGGGCGGAGCAGGUGUUGGUUGAGGGGAUCGCGGUGAGAAACAGGGGGGGGCAACGCUGAUCAUUGGGUGCCGGGCACUGCCUGUGGGCUGCCACUUGAUUUACCCACAGACACACAGACACACACACGCACACACACACAGGGCAGAAGGGAAGGUGUCGGCCAGAGGCGACAGACCCCUCUGCUGUGUUGCCGGCUACAGCUCCGACACUGAUUGCAUGCAUCCUCCUCCUCCUCCUCCUCCUCAUCUCCUCCGUGGACUCUAACUCAACGGCUUGUCAGAAUCACAUUUCCAGAUCGACGUUUUUCUCCCUAGAUGUGGAACUGCAAGUAGCAUCCGAUGUGGACGUCUGUGGAUGAGAACAAAAUUGGUCUGUGGGCCAGGAGCAGACUCAGAUGGAUCUGAGAAUCCGCCCGAAGCUUUGGGAAGACGGGCAGUGCUGAGUCUUUACUUCUUUCUUUUUUUUAAACUGAAAACUCUUCAUUCCAUUGCUAAGGCUUUUUCUACUUCUCAAAUGGCACCCAAAUUAAAAUUAGUUCAACAGAUAGUUCUCUUUUUUUUUUUCCCCUUCCAAAGAAAAAUAUGUGAGCCCAUGUUUGCGAUAUGCCGUGUUUUGUCAUGUACCUUCAUUUUUCUUUCCUUGUAAUUAGAGCUUGCUCCGUGUUUAUUAAACUGAAAGCCCAACAGGGGAGCCGUAUGCUGAGUAAUAAUGGGAAAUGCUAAAUCCCACAGGAAACCUGCAUAUCAAUUUUUCUUAAGCCAUCUCACAAAAUAAGAAUCUUAAAUGUAAAUAUUGUGUAUUUGUGUAAGGGGUUGGGUGUUGUGUGUGUGUGUGUGUAUGUGUCAUUUACCUCAGGUUCUCAAUCUUUUUAGAGGAAUCCUGGGAGUAAGACUUUGUGGGCAGGAGUGCACCCGGGGUCUGGAGCGAGAGGCCAACCUGUGUGCCCUGGGACUCACUUCGUGCUGGUGCCACUAACUUAUCACCCCGUCUCUUCUUCUCUGUAUUCUGCUCCUGUAUUCUGUGAUGUGCAAAUGGAUAGCGUCAGAAGCGUCUAUCUUAUCCUUCCAGUUUGGGGUUAUUUUAAAAGUCAUGAAUGUUGUUCACUGCUAACAACUGGACGGGUGUUUCAGUAACUAGUCCCCUGGUCACGUGCUGGAAAGUUCUGUUCCAUGAGAUUUACAUCAUUUGAGAAAUCCAACAGGAUAAUCAUUGAUACCCGUGAGGAAGGGUCUUGAAACUUUUGUAGGUACUUUUGUAGGAAGAAAAGCAACAAGGGAAACCAACAAUUCACAUUCCAAUUUCAGAGGACUGGUUUGCCAUAAAUCCUCAGAUAUUCUUAAAUCUGUCACGGUCGAUAGAUGCUUGUGAAAAAAAUGCCCGUGUUAAAUGCGUGCGUUUGGAAAUGGGCAUGAGCGUUCCAGUUUUCUAAUUUCUUUUGUACAAUUGAUGAAGCAUGCAGUAUGUUGUAAGGACUCUAUUCAUAAAUAGGUCUGGUUUUGUCCCACUGAGCCCCUGAAAACAGUGGUGGGAAAGAUAAGCAGUAGCGUGUUCCAAAAGCCAAGACUAGAAAGAGCCCUAUGAGAUCAAAACAAUUUAAUUUCCUUACAAAAUGCACACAUCAGAGUAAUGGGAUUAAUUGGGGUGGGGGUGGGGGAACCAACAAUCAAAUGAGUAGAGUCAAAGCUGUUUUAUUGGCAUGAGGAUUCAAUAUGAAUAUAUGAGCUCAAGUUUUUCAAAUCUUUCAAAUUUGUCAUAAGGCCUCUAGGAGAUGUAUUUGAAAGCUCAAACUAGAAAUUAGGUAAAGUGCUAUUUUAUUGUGUAAGCUAUUGGGCAUUAUACAACCAAUGAUUAGAAUUUCUCUGGUAUUAGUAAAUUUGGUGUAUUAGCUGAAUAAUAUCUUCUAUUCUGUAAAACUAGAUCGGUGGGUUAGUGUCAGUUUGUCAGAAUUUCUCAUGCUGCCCUGAUGCAUGUCUGACCUAAUUUUUAUUCCUUCUGGUGGGAAAAAUAACCCUCACAGAAAUGUUGCAUUUUUUAUUCAGUAUUUCUAAUGUAUUUCACCUUUUCCAUUUUAAGCCAGGCCACAUUCAAGUUAGUUUUGUGAAUGCAAUCUGCUGUGUUAGUGUGCAGAUGAUUUGACCAUUUCUGCGGUGUAGUGUGUAUUACAUUAUAUGUAGACACUAAGUGUGUCACCAUACAUCAACCUCUGUUUUUUAGUGCAAAGCUAUAGAGUAAAAAUGUCCAAGUAACUUGAACUUAAAGACAAUCCCGAGCGAGAGCUGCGACAAAGCAGUGCAAAAUUAAAUUGGUCUAUGAUAGGUUCUUGACUUUACAAUUUAAGUUAACAGCCACCUAAAUCAAACUUUUGCGUGUGAGUUUUACUGAUGUAGAAACAUUCAGUGGGUUCUGCCUGCAUUACUAAUAUGCAUCUGUUUGUUGAUGAGUGCGUGCGUGUGUGCGUGCGUGUGUGUGUGAUGUCUCAGCCUGCCAGAUAGAAUUUUUACAGACUUUAUGAUGUUUUCAUGUUAUUUUGCAUACCAUUGCUCCAGCUUCUUCUGGCAUUUACCCCUGACACUAACAGCUCAUCCAAUCCAGUGACACAAUUGGCCAGCACUCACAAGUGGCACAUCGAUGGAAAAAAAAAAAAUCACAUCUGAAAGCACAGAAAGCUGGAGCUGAAGGCACCCUCUGGAGGCUUCAUUUUGUACGUGAGUGCACCGAGGCCCCCAGAGGUACUAGGCGGCUUGGAAUUCUGCAGCGAAAGGGAGACAUCGCACUUUGACAUCGCUCCCAGGCUCUGAUGUUUUUUCAGGGUGGAGGAAUACCCUCUCUCAGCUAUUGUUUGGGUUUUGAUUUCAUUGGUAGAUUUACAUAUUCAUUUUCUUUAGCAUCUACCUCUCUGGGAAAUGAAAGCAUGGAAGGAGGGCUGAUUAGGGUCCUGUACAGAUGUUUCACGAAAACUCCGUGAUUUGAAUUUUUUUAAAGUAUAAAACAUUAGUUUCCCAACUCCUUCCCCUCAAUGUAAAGAACGAUGAGAGGUGUGUAAAUAGUAAACUAUAAGAAGCAUGAAUCUUCCUCUUUAUUAAUGAUCUUGACAUAAGCAAGGGAAUGCUCAAUAUGUUAAGUAGAGCCAAGUGUGCUAUCAAAAAUGUUGUCUUUGGAAAAUUUUUGUAUCAUGACCUGGGGCAUAAGUUGUAAUGAAAAGACAAAUGAGUUCUCAGUUCCAGUCGUACUUUUAUGAUGAGAAAGCUAUGAGGCAUUUUCUUUACGUUUAAUCUUACAUAUGACUUAGGAGUGGGCCCCUUGUGGGCUAAACCUGGUGCUGGUGCAGCCCUGAGGAUCUGUCAGUUGGCAUUGCUUGGAACUUAAAUGAUUCCAGGAAUGUUCCGUUUGCUUAUAUGGCCCAUUACAGUAGCCACUGGCCACAUUGGUUAUUAAGCAAUUGAAAUAGGGUCGCUGUGACCGAAGAAUUAGACUUCCAUUUAAUUUUACUUCUACUUGGUGAGUGGCUAGUGGCUACCAUGUUGGGCAACACAGUUCUGGAUGGUUGUGCAAUGGGAUCUAGCAUCAAAGUGCUAAUGGAGUAAUAGAUUACAAAGACCGGUUUAUGGUCUAGUACAUGCACUUGACCGAAAUAUAUAUAUAUAUAUAUAUAUCCUUUCUGGGCUUAAAAAAUAGACGAUCUCAAGAAUGACAGUAAAAACUCAUUGAUUGCCCUCUGAGGUUGUAACUUAGAUACUUUGGGCCAACGUAUGAUCAGUGGAUGAAGAGUGCUUUAUUUUGUCCCUGUCUCUCUCUGGAUCAUUAGCUGCAUGUGAACCUGUUGUCCAAAAUUAGUAGUUAGACAGUCGCUCUAAAAUGUUUGACUUGCCAGCUAUGCAUGACCUGUACUGUGAAAUUAUGUUUAGGGUCUUGUGGCCAAAAAGUAAAUGUUGUAGGUAAAAAUAAGGUCUAAUGAAAUCCCUCUUCACAUCUGACAUCUGACCCAAACUUCAUUGCUGCAUCGGUGAGGUGCGAUAUACAAGAGAAAGCAUGUUUCUUAUAUUCAUAGAGUUGCCAUUUGCCCUUGAAGUCAGACAGCUUGUCUUUGUAUAUGGUGUGGGCAAAUGUCCACAUCUUUUUUCUGAUGCCAGAUGAAAACAAAAGUACUAUUUUCAGAGUGAGCUUCAACAUUGUGUUAGUCUUAUUGGGUUUUUAUUUAAGUUAUUACCGAAUUGGAGAUUUAGAGCCUUGUACAAAGGCAUAAAAAAAAUUACUUUGAAAUUUAAAGACUUGAGGGUUAUUUAAGGUAAUAAGAUUGUUUUUUAAUUGAGUAAAGGGAAGCAGGGAAUUCAGCUUGAGAUUUGCUUUUAGAGAUUUGACUCUUCCUGUAUUUAUUCUAGUCUAGAUUUUUAAAUUUGAAGACCUAAACCAUGUCACAAUUGGUUAGUGUGUUUCACUCUGUGAACCACUGCUUUGCAUUGUGUUUUGUUGGGCAGAAUUGGGUAGGCUUUUUUUUUUUCUUUUUUGCUAUUGAACUCAUCAAUGAGUCUGACUGUUCUUUUUUUUAACCUAUCUUUCAAAGUUCUUGUUUCUUGGCAAAAUUGGUAGUUUUUUUUUUUUUUUUUUUUAGAUUUACUAGGAAGUGGAAGGUUUCAUGUUUAUUGAGAUGAGAGGGAUAAAAUGCCAAAGGUUUGAAUUUCUAUUUUUCCUUACAAAGAUGCUGCUGCUGAUAAGUCAGCAUUGAGUUUUGACAUGAGUAUUGUCAUCCUGACACGGAGAAACUGAUUUUUGCCAGUUAGUCCGUUUCAACCCGAUAUUGCCCCCGUAAGGCAAUCCUCACCCAAACAGAAACUCCAUAAAAGGAAAGCGAUGUCAACAUGACCUAGUCACUGUUUUGAAAGUAGUGGUCUAUUUCAACAGAGAUGCUGACGUCUUGUGGGUCUGAACUUUGUCGACAUCAAACACAUCUACAAAAUAAGUGAAACUUUAACCUUUUGAUUUCUCUGACAUAAUUGAUUCACCGUGUGAAUCUGUAUAGAAAGCUAUGUAAUCCAAAUACACGAUUGUAAUUGGAGUUAAAUUCAAGUAUAAAAACUUAAUGCUUUCCAGUUUGGGGGUUAUGUAACACUGUCUUGAGAUGCUCGCCUUUUUUUAAAUGCUGUGGAUGUUAGGACUGGCCAGCCACCUUUUGGUGUGUCUCUGUCUAAACUUUCAUUUAUAUGCAGAGAUUGUUCCACUGUAUACAUUACAGUAGAAAGGCACCGAUCAUUGAGAGAAACAAGCAGGUGGGGGUUUUAAUUUUUGUCUUGCAAAAUAGCUUAUCGAUAGCUUACAAAAGAGCUUAUUGGUUGACACUGCUGAAGUGGUUGUAUAUAGAGCACCAUUAAUCCUGAACUCUUGCAAUGUGGCUCCAAUUUUCUGCUCAGAUUUCCUUGUACUUUCAGGCCAAAUGAUUUUGUUUUUCCAAACUCACUGCCUGGGGUAUCCCACUAAGUAUAUCUCACUUAUGAUGUAGUGGUGCUUGAAAAUUCUCAUCUCAUUAGCUGGACUUUGUUGUUUUAGUCUAAGGUUUUUGAUACUGUUCAUAUUAUGAUCUUUUUAGGGACAAUUAGUAAUACUUGGGGCAAAGAACUGAGGGCUAUCUUGAAGUCUACAAUACUAGGUAUUUUCUUUGUUUUUCUGGGGGUGGUUGUCAGUCUGCUAGCCCUAUUUUUCUGGAACAUGUUCUAAAGUCAUCACCAUGGGAAGGAGGGCUAGUCACCUACAGGAAAGCUUCUUAGAGUCUCCAGAAAGGGUGAGUUUUCCAUAGGGAUGUUUUGUUGUCAGUUUGAUAUUUGCAUUUUGAGAAUCCAGAAGUAGACAAUUGAAUAUGAUGGUGGUGAAGGAGCACAGUUAGAAGAAGGAAAGAGGUGACACAUACACCCUUUAAAAUAUUUCGAUUAUUUGUUUUGGUUUUUGGGCCACACCCAGAAGUGCUUAGGGCUUACUCCUGGCUGUAUGCUCAGGGAUCAUUCCUAGUGGGCUCAGGGGAACAUUGAGUGCUGGGUAUUGAGCCCAGGUUGGUCAUGUUCAAGGGAAACACAUUACGUGCUGUAGUAUCUCUCUGCCCCCCCCCCAAAAAAAAAACACCCAUUAAAGAGGAGCUAGUUGCUGCCUAUAUCAUCCAUGUCUAAAAAGCGGGGGGAACACAGUAGCUGGCAUCUACUAAUAGUGCUUCAGAACAUUCCUGAGCAGAUUUUCCUGCCUGAGGGACACCCCAACCAUGAAGCAGUUCUUACUGUGGGGGCAAGGUGUAGACACAGCCUUGGUUCUACAGCCACAGCACGGCACACAGUCUCAGUGAGUGAGAGGAGGCCUCCAUAAAAAGUGAGGGAAACCCAUCAUGGAACUUUUAGUUCCAAGAUGAACGGAUGGAGAACAAACACAGUGGGUAGGGUGCUUGCCUUGCCCACAGCCAAGCCGGGUUCAUUCCCCAGCAGCACAUGAUCCUGUGAACUUCACCAGGAGUGAUCCCUGAGCAUAGAGGCAGAACUAAGCCCUGGGCGGAGCUGGGUGUGACAACAACAACAACAAUGAAAAACAAAAAAACAAACCACCAUUUUUUUGUUUUCUUCAAGAUGGAAUAGGAGCUGAAGGUCAAUCACGAUGGAAACACAAAAGACACACAGGCCCACCAGCAAUGAUUUUGCCUGGCACGGGUGUCCUCUCACCCCUGGGGCCUGUCGCUCCAUUCGGGAUGCUAAAAAGUUAUAGGAGGAGUGUGGUCAGUGGAUGAGAGGGUCCAGGGAGGCCUUCUGUCAUUGUGAGCACACCAGGUUAUGUGACAGGCAGCUCUGGAGUUGUGGUGCUGAGCCCCCCACAAAUUCUAGCAACCUCGAAACCAUAGAACCAUGGCAAGGACCUUCACUUGAGUUCAUGGCCACUGUUGGGAAGACUAGUGGAGUAUUUUUGUUCCCCUCCCAGUGGUGGUCAUACGUUGAUUCUGCCACUUGUUCCUGUUUCACUUGAUGGUUGCCCAAGUGCUGGCGGUGGGCUGGGGUAUUGGUGGCUGGUGUCACCUUGGAGUGGAUGGGAACUCCUCACUUAGCCCUGCAGCUGCUGCCUGGGGUUCCCACUGUUCUUACGACUCCUGUGGUGGCCCCCCGAGCCUAUUGGUAACUCGUGCUCUAGCCCGACGACUUAGAUGAAUGCUGCUCCCAAGCUGAUAACUCAAGUUCUGGACGUGUUUCACUUGCAAUUAUGUGGAUUAUGGAUUUUAGGAGCUUUUCUUUUUUUAAAGGGCCAAAAACCACCCUACAGAUUAAUGAGCUACUGGGCUGUGUAGAAAAUAUUGUCCCAAUGUUGCCAAAUAUUGACUUCGUAAGGGGGAUAUCAAGCUGCUGUUUAUAACUCUGAAUGUCUUUAAAGCAUUCUUGCUUGCUCUCUCUGUUGUAGAUGGUGUCUUAGCAAGUCCUGAGUUUUUCCAAUGAACCCGAUUUUAAUAUAUGGUAUUUUUGUAUGCCAAACUGGUGUCUUGUCCUUUGUAUAUGUGGUAAUGUUGAUUUUAUGACUACUGUUCAAACACAUUUGCUAUGAUUAAAAUUCAUAAAAUGAUUUCAAAUAGA